CACAAACAAUUUAAAUCAAAGCUAGUUUAUUUUUCUUUGCCGUAACUGUAUGAAUUGGCCUUAGCAACCGGAUGGUUGAGGUUUGUGUACGUCGCCAUCUUAACAUGGCCGACACAAGUACCUGCUGAAGCUGGUCCUGUAGACUGACACGAGCAGGUCAGAGUGCUGCCAAUAACGAAACACCAAACCUCUUUUCGAUGGCACACAUUUACAUACAAAGUGUACAAUAGUAAAGAUGGCCUGGUUGGCGAAGCGUCCUGAGACACCCCAAAGUGGGGUGCUGCUACAGACGGAAUAUAACAUUCAGCAUCGGUCUGAUCUCCUCCUAGAGGAACAUAUCUUCAAUGUGAGGGCCACACAGGAGGAUCUGAGGAGAGCUCUUGUGGAUCUGGAAAAUGCCAAGUCCUCAGAUGAUCUUGAGGUGCAAAGAAAAGUUGUCCUUGAGCUUCGUGAGAAGUCGGAACAGCUUAUUGUGGUAUUACAGGUGAUGCAGAAACUAAACCAGGAAGUGGCCUAUGCUCGUGCCGACCUCGAUGACGCCCUCUACAAUGGCCAAGGUGACAUCAACGCUGCCAGGAAGCGGGUCAUCUGGCUGGAGGACAAGAUGGGAGAGCUGUGUGGCAAACAGAGGCUCAAGAGUCAGCCCCUUCUAGCCUUGUCAGUGCUGUGCCCACCAAGUGAAUCAGGUGAUCGGGACAGUGAUGACUCUGAGAGACCACAGUUGAGUGAUGCUAGCUCUGUCCAGAUCGACGGCAGUCUGCGCCAUCAUGACAUCACUAUCAGACCCUUCAGAACGCGGUAUGGGGAGAGUGCCUCAUCAGGAGCAGGAUCGUUGAUGGCUGCUCUGAAGCGGGCAAAAGCGCUGCGAGAGAUGGAAAGGCGGAAUAGGGAGAUUGAAGAGGAGGCCACGCCCGAGCCUCUCUAUAAGCAUAAACCAAUCGUAUUUGCUGACAGUGAGGAGUCAUCAGCAGAGGAGUCAUCUGAUGAGGAGGAGAGCAAAGACGAGGCAUCCCAGGCUGAAACCGGUCGGGGAGCUUCCAACAGCCAGGUUAAUGAUCAGCACUCCGACAAGGGGGAGGAAUCCAACAGCCAGGUUAAUGAUCAGGACUCCGACAAGGGGGAGGAAUCCAACAGCCAGGUCAGUGAUCAGGACUCCGACAAGGGGGUGGAAUCCAACAGCCAGGUUAAUGAUCAGGACUCCGACAAGGGGGAGGACUCCAACAGCCAGGUCAGUGAUCAGGACUCCGACAAGGGGGUGGAAUCCAACAGCCAGGUCAGUGACCAGCUUACUGCUUCAUCACCAACUGAGGAUCCUCCAAAAGUGGAACAGAUGCCAACCUUUCUCACUGAGCUGUCCACUCCUAAAAGCAAGGUGACCAUCUCAACACUGAAUGAUGGAGGCAAGAAACCCAUGCCAGGUGAGGAUGCAGCUCAAGACUACUGGAACUCGGAACAUCAUAGGUUUGAACUGAGUGAGUUUGCAGAAGUGAUGCGGGAUUUGGACCCGCUCUCCUACCACAACGUGGGUCUGGCUGUACCAGGAACAUUCAUUAGAAAAGAGGACUCUGAAUUUGAGGAGUUGCCAUGGCGACCACAUCGGAAGGGCAGUGAUAUCAAGGACGUCCAUCGUGUUGCCUUGGACAAACUAGCAACACGGAUCCAUGGGAUGCAGGACAAGUUGUUCAGUGCUGCCAUGUUGUCAGUCAACCCCACCCGCAGAAAGACCAACGUGCCUCGGGAGGUCAGCUUCCUCCAGAGUCUGGACAGUCAACAGUCAAACAAGGGUGCUGCUCCCAACAAGGCUUCCUGGGACGUCCCAGCUGCUGAAUCCCCAAGGCCACAGACCAUCGACACCGUCAUCCUACCGAGAAUAGAGGAGAAGCGUCUUGGGACAUCACUGUCUGGUCGUCUGGUGUACUACCCCAAGCCCAUCCCACCUCCAGAAGUGCUGCCCAUUACACGAACUAACCAGAACAAAGUGUACCCAAAGUUGACUGACCUGUACGUUGACCCUGAUGCAUGUCAGAAGGAUCCAGCCCAGCGGUUGGUUGACCAGCGCAACCUGAUGGAGGAGACGAAGCUGGUGCUGUACCGUGAAAAGCCCAAGCCAAAACCCAGUGGCCCCAGUGUACAUGAGCGGAGGUUCCGGCGAAUGUUGGAGAGAGACAAGACAGCCAGCAGCAAGACCUCAGCUCCAUUCAUAUUCCACACAGAAGGGGAUCUGUUCAGUUUCAGAGGUAGAUUGCCAGGAUUUCCAUUUUGGACUAUUGAGUUUUUGUCAGCUGUUGACUUCUACCAUUGUGUUGUUUCAGCUGUCAACACGUGGGGCAAGAUGAAGCCCAAGUCUCGAGGGAACCAGUACUCAGGUCUCCGAUGGGAAAGAGUGAAGACACUUGUCCACAGUAACCUGGUGUCUGCCCGAGUGGAGGAGAGGAGGGAUGCUGCCAAGCAACUUGGCUUGCUGCGUUGUGGAGACACAAUGGUGUUCUACGCUCUCAAGGAGAGACUCAACAAAGAUGAGGACCAGCGAGUCCGAUACGAGAGUGCCAAAUCUCUCAUCCUCAUUGGCUGCUGGGAGGAUGAGAUUCUGCAGGUGCUCCUCAAGUACCUGGCUAUUGGCAACACUGAAAUCCGACAGGACCUGAUUAGGACCAUGAUCAAUGGCAAAAAUGUGCAGUACGUUGACAAGAACAUGCCAACCUUCCCUGAACUGGUGAAAAUCUUGAGCCACUUCUGUCGGAACCCUGAUCCUGAGGAUCCUAUAUCAUUUGAGGCGGCCGUGCUGCUGGGACGCCUUUGUGUGGCUGAUGCCAACGGCAAGGAGAAGUUGAAGAAGGCUCUCACCGAGUCCACAGAUUCCCACAUCAAGUCCAAGGCAGUGGAGAUCCUGGUGAAGCAGCUGAACUGCACUGACAGCAGCGUCAUUACCAGCGUACAGGACAUCCUUGCAACAUCCACUGUUUGGAAGCAUCGCGAACUUGCAGCCAAACUCCUCAUCUCCCUCGGCCCGGGCCAUCCAUGUGUGACGGACGACUAUGAGGAGAUCUACCUGCUGCGGCGACGCCUGUGGGAUGACCCCAGUCAGGAGGUGCGUACAGCAGCGGCCAAGGCGUUGACUGCGUUACGGAUGUUUGCCCGUGCAUGUGAGGCGAUCGAGAAACAGUCAGCAAUGCCCACACACCAAACAUUCAGCCAGUCAGGUGAAUACACCCCCACCCUCACCACUCUGCUGGUGAAUAACCUCUCCCUCACUCGCCCUACUGUACACUCUCCCUCCCUCACUCUCCUGGUGAGUUCACUGUUUCAGAUUGUCCAGGUGUUCACUGUUUCAGAUUGUCCAGUUGUGUUCACUGUUUCAGAUUGUCCAGGUGUUCACUGUUUCAGAUUGUCCAGUUGUUCACUGUGUUUCAGAUUGUCCAGGUGUUCACUGUUUCAGAUUGUACAGUUGUUCACUGUGUUUCAGGUUGUCCGGUCGUUUGCUGUUCUGCGGCUGGUUGACCGGCGUGUGUUGCGGACCCUACGUGAGCGUGAGAGGCAGGAGGGACCUCUAGCCAGAGAGUCAAAGAAAACAUUAAGAAUUCUUGAAGGAAUGAUGUCAUCAGGCACUCGAUCUGUUACUCCAAAGACUCCAAAUACCUCCAGCAAGAAGUUCAAGAAGCUGUCUCUGUAGCAGUAUGUGACCCCC